AUGCCGCAACGCAAGUGGGCGAUGGUUGACUCGCUCUAUAGCCCGGAAGGGGGGAGUCAGGAAGCCGCUUCCUUCUUGUUCCGUUGGCGAGUCAAUCCUCACCAUGAGUCUUUUGUCGCCAGAACAGUGGACCUUGUUAUCCAACCAUUCGCUAUCAACGCACAAGCAGGAAGCCUCGCGGAGUUUACCUGGCCUGAAAACCUUCGCGAAGGACUGGGAACACAUACUAGAACUGUCCAGGAGUUUGUCAACAACGCGCUCAAGAAGAAAGGGGCUUUUACUCCCGUUGGCAUCAAAUUGAUAUUGCCUGCACAGAAUGGUUUCGUUGCCAGGUCGGAUAUUAUCGAACUGCGAAUGCACGGUUGUGAUUGCGCGACUGCAGCAUCGGGUUUUAUGCAACCAAGGCAGUAUAUCGAUCGUUUCCAAAUCCAGAAGCCCCGGCACGAACUCUCGCAGCUGUCCGAUAUUUUAUCCGCAUGUAUUGGCGCUGUAUCUGUUAAUGAGUCCAGUUUCGAAUCAAUCGACUAUGCUAUGCAAGCUCUAGAGGAUCAAGUUCGACACCGCCUGGCCCUGGAAUUUCUCUUACCAAAUGCCAUUCCGCAUAAAAGGGUAGCACUUGUCCACUGCCCACGCGAACUUCUUACAUAUGAGGCCAUCAGAUGUCUAGGUCUGGACCUAGUGGUUCUUGACAGGCCUGGCCAUUUUCUGGAAGACCCGAACGGCCCUUUCGCUUACCUACGCGAAUCCUUCCAUCCAAUCGACCUCAACGUCGACGAUGGACUACCUCAGCGGAUUGUCGAUGUAGUCCGAAACCUGAAAUUGGAUGGGAUCUUCACCCGUUACGACUUUUAUUCUCGACAAGUUGCCAAGGCUGCAGAGCUUCUAGGGCUCCCCACCAGCCCGUAUUCCGCAUACUGUAUCGCGACGGAUAAGUACGCUACACGGAUGUUGGACGCUGAGGAAAGUGGAGCCUUUUGCGUAAAGGAUGACGACGAGCUGGAGCAGCGGCUGAGGGAUCCCGAGAAGCCUCUCAAUAUCCAGUAUCCCGUCGUCGUCAAGCCCUGCCUAGGCUGGAGUAGUCUUACCGUGACAAAAGCACGGGAUGAAGGAGAGCUUGUAGCCGCGGUGCGCAAAGCUCACUCGAGAGUCCUUGGGCACGAGGGAGAAAGGCCGAUUCAACCUCGCGUCCUGGUUGAGCCCUAUGUUGAUGGACCGGAAGUUGAUGUCAAUUUUGCCAUGUGGGACGGCGAGGUUGUGUUUUCCGAUAUCUCGGAUGACUUUCCUUGCCUCGGAGACAUGGAUGAUAAAACGGGGGUAACGGAUUUCCAGGAUACUAUCUACUUACAUCCCUCAAAACUUCCCAAGAUGGAGCAGGAUCUGCUCCGUCAGCGUCUGAAGGAUUGUGUGUUGCGCAUGGGCUUCCGGACCGGAGUUGUCCAUUGCGAAGCCCGGAUGAGAAAUUCUGCGAUGAAGUACGUUGAGAAGGACGGCAUUUUUGACCUCGCCAGCGAUUCCCAGCCGAGAGGCACUGAGCCAAGCAUUUUUAUGAUUGAAGUGAACCCUCGACCACCUGGCUACUUUGCUCUUCACGGCAGUACGUGGACGCAUGGCGUGGAUUAUUAUCUGCUCCAUGUGCUUUGCUGUGUGCAGGAUGAGCAGCGCUUCAAAGCUCUCGCCGUUCCAUUUUCCAGGGAAGUUCAGCACUCAAUUGCAGUUCUCAAUCUCCCGACCCAAAAAGGAGGUAUACUCAGAUCUCUUGAUCCAGCCAUCCGGCUCGCCAAGGAAAAGCCAGGCCUCAGGGAUGCCAUCUCCCUGUAUCACAAUUACUUUGAGCCUGGCGAAUACGUGACUCCCCCGGACGCGGUGGAGACAAAGCCGCUGGCGGUGGUGGUUGUUGAGAGCCAGACCGGACGAGAAGAUCUGCUGAGGAGGGUUGAGGAGGUCCGGGAUGAGUGGACGCCCGUUGUCGACUAG